AGGCGCACAACAGUAAAUGCCCGGUGUUUCUUGUUGGUCUCAGUUGUAGUCCAUUGCACUUAAUUUAGCAGUUUAGAUUUGCAAGUGGCAGGUUGAUUUCUGCAACAUGUGUGAGUUAGAUGGAUUAUUACCCAUGGACAUGUCCAUUGGUUGCAUUUUACUCAUGGUCGCAACUGUUUAUGCAGUCGUGCAGGUGUCCCGUUUUAUCUUCGCCGAUGCCGACUUCACAUUGCUUUGGGCAACCUCUUUUGGAAAAAAGCCUGAGGCUCAACUGAAGGGCCGGGUUGUGUGGAUCACUGGAGCAUCCAGCGGCAUUGGUGAAGAGCUGGCCUACCAGUUGGCCCAGAUUGGUACUCAGCUGGUCUUGUCAGCACGCCGAGAGAAUGAGCUGGAAAGAGUAAAGCGAGAGUGUUUGGGACGGUCUAGACUACAUGAAGAGAAUAUUCUUGUUCUUCCGCUUGAUCUGCUGGACCGAAAGACUCAUGAGGCAAAAACAGCAGCUGUACUUGAGCAUUUUGGAAAAAUUGAUGUUCUCAUAAACAAUGGUGGACGCAGUCAGCGAUCACUCUGCUUGGAGACCAAUAUGGAGGUGUAUGAGGCUCUUAUGGAGCUCAACUUCCUGGGGACGGUGUCCCUCACAAAGCAAGUGCUUCCCCACAUGAUUCAGAAGGGUACGGGCACUGUGACCACAGUCAGCAGCGUAGCGGGCAUCGCAGGGGCACCUCUGCUCACGGGCUAUUCUGCCAGCAAACACGCACUGCAGGGCUUUUUUAACUCACUGCGGAUUGAGGUAGCUGAUUACCCUGGAAUCACCAUCAGCACUAUCUGCCCCGGACCAGUGCAAUCACAGAUUGUCCAGAAUGCCUUCACAGAAAAGCUGAACAAGCCAUUGUCUCAGGCCGGAGAUCAGCAGCACAAGAUGACUACCGCUCGCUGCGUACGACUCAUUUUGUGCGGAUUGGCGAAUCAUGUGAAGGAGAUGUGGAUUGGCCACCAGCCAUUUCUGUUGUUUUUCUAUGUGUGGCAGUACACACCCACAUUAGCCUGGUUUGUGACUAGUAUACUGGGGAAGAAGAGGAUUCAGAAUUUCAAGGCUGGACUGGAUGCAGACGCAGCUUACUUCACAAAGCCAAAGGUCCCCUGAAGGCCUGUGCUGGGUGUAAAGCAAAGAUUCUAGAACAGAGAUCUGCUCUAGAAUCUUUGGUGUAAAGUCUGGGGUUCUGAUGAAUUUGUGUCUUGAUUGAUUUGAUUUGUCACAUCUGCUGAAGAAAUUGUGUUAAGUUGUGUGAAAUCUAGUCCAAAUAACACUAAAACAUUCUAAAUAUCCGGUGUUCGCAGUAUCACUGCAAAUUACAUAGAUGCUCUCUUGACUUGUAAAAUGGAUAGCCAAAAAAUAAGCUUUUUUUUUUGGAAAAAACUUUUACUGUAAUAAACUGUACAUACAAUAAACAUUUUACAGAAAUAAAAGUA